UCCACAAAUGUCACACAAGGUUCAUUGUAAGCUGUGGCAUUCAUGUGUUUGGGCAAGUUGGUGUGAAAACACAGAACAAAAUGGGCCUUCCGAAAAUUGGUCUUCUAUACCUGGCAUGCUGCCUGGCAGGUUACGUGGAAGGGCAAGUGCCUGACAAUGUGGAUCCUUGCGUUUCCUACCGAGAGUUUGACGGUACACACCGCAGCUCUACAUACCAGUCCGCUCCAGGAGACACCCUCCUUUGUGACAACGCCAUACUGACAGGUUGGUACCGUUUCAACGCUCGUGAAGGUGGGAUGAUGUCUGAGAACUGUGUGCCACCGUACCACUGUGGAACACAGGUGCCAAUUUGGAUGUCUGGAACACACCCUACUACUGAGGAGAUCGUGGACAGAGAAGUCUGUAUGAACUACGGUGUCCCAGGGGACUGUUGCUCAGCUAAAAUGCUGAUCAAGGUUAAGAAAUGCACGAAUAUUGGAGGUCCAUAUUACGUGUAUUUCCUUCAUCCAACAACUGGGUGCAGCAUGGCAUACUGCAUGGAUACACGAAACGCAGCAGGUCCUGACCAGACUUCUAGCAGACAUGUGGAAAAAUACGGUUCACUUUGCUAUCAGCUGUCAAGUUCUCAAAAAGAUCAUCACAACUCUGGUCAAGACUGCGCCGCAAUGGGAGGUGGGCUAGCUCUGAUAAAGAACACCGACACACAAAGCGCCGUGGCAGGUCACAUCAUCCGAAACAACAAUGAAGUCAGCCAUUGGAUCGGCGUCAAAGCGCCGGUAUCUCCCUUCCUUUACGACGACUGGGAAGCGGUGCAAGACCCACAGCUCUGGGCUCCCAACCAGCCUCCGACCUUCUGUGUGUUCAUGGACAGUAGCGCCAACUACAAGUUCACCGUGGGGCGCUGUUCGGAGCAACAUCCAUUCGUCUGUCAGAGUGAUAUAGCCGGCUGUCAACAAGACGUCUGUCUGAACGGCGGCACCUGCACUUCCUGCUUUGGUGAAACUUACAAGAUGUGUAACUGCCUACCAGGAUACACUGGGGACCGAUGCGAAACAAACAUUGACGAGUGUGCAUCUUCGCCCUGUUUGAAUGGAGGGACUUGUUCGGAUGGUGACAACUCAUACACCUGCCAGUGUGUUACCGGCUAUGAUGGAAACAACUGCGAACACGACAUAGACCUGUGUGACCCUAACCCGUGUCCGUUUGACUGGAUUUGUUUUGAGAAUGUUGGAGGCGGCUUGCACUGUGACAUACCAGGUACUCGUCACGAGAUGGACCAAACUGCCUUCGUCUGUUCUGCCUCUUCCUGCCCGGUGGGACUGAAGUGUCACAGCGUUACCGGUGGACCUGGGAUCUACUCCUGCGUUCCGUAGACAAAAUGGCCGGAGACAGACUAAAGCCUUUGGCAUUUGGAAAAAAAAAACAUGCACUCGAUUUUGCUACGCAAGGCAAACGUUCAGGAAGACGAUGAAUAUUACAAAACUUUUAAUGCUAUCAUUCCUUAACUGUUACCCCUAACGGUCGCUUAAUGUCAUUUUAAGCAUAGAACAGCUUAACAAGUUCAUCAUGAACAUAAUAAGUGUCUUUACAUAAUAAGUAAAAAUGGUAUAAAGCGUGUGUAAUGAAAGAUAGUAUGCUUAUUUCUUUUUAAUCUUUUUAUGCUUGGAUGGUAAGAAUGUCCUUGAUAUCUAACCAUUAAAACGUGAAGACAAUUUUGUUCAAAUAUUUCUGGUUGAGUAUGGAAUAUAAAUUGAAGUAUAUUAAAAAAAUUAAUAUUCUUUUAUAAUAAGCAGGCACACGCAUUAAAAUCAAUACUA